AUGUUGGCAUCCUGUGUUUCUGAUCAAGAACAGCUGCAAAAAUCUCUUCCACGAGUUAAUCAUGCCCAGUUUGCUCUCCCUUCACUGCCAAGGAAAUUCAAUCUCGAAGUGAAGAAUGCUGCAGGCAAAGAUUUUGUGUCUCGCCCGAAGCCGAUGGAUUCUUCAUCAGGUAACAGGCUACACCCUGAAAAUGAAAAUCUGAUGCAUGCAGCAAAAGGGACGUGGAGAGAAUGGGUCGAAGGGGCCAAAUCCGAAUACUUUACAAUGGAUUAUUCGCUGGUUAGACGACGUCGUCCCAUUCAUAACAAGCAAGGCCCUGUUGCUCCAUAA